AUGCAGUUGAUGAACAAAGGUUACAUAAAAAAUGACGAUGAGAGGUCAUCAGCGGCCGUACCAGAUGAUCGCGAGGAAAAAAUCACAAUGCUCCAGGGAGCCGCGCAGACUUAUAUCUUUUGGGUUGACGGCUUCGACACGUCAUCAUCAACGAUGACGCAUUGCCUCUACGAGUUGGCACUGCAUCGAGAGAUCCAGGACAAAUUGGCCGAAGAAAUCAACGACAUCCUUGAAGAAUUCGGAAGCCUUUCCUACCAGAGUGUGAAGGCGAUACCGUAUCUUCACAAAGUUGUUUCCGAAACACUGAGAAAGUACCCGGUCACUCCGAUACUCAACAGAGAGUGCAUCGAAGAAAUUGAGUUACCGGGGACCGGGCACCGAAUUACAAAGGGAACUCCAUUGAUCAUUCCUGUUUUUGGACUCCAUUCGCACCCCGAAAUAUAUCCAGAACCAGAAAAAUUCAACCCCGAAAAAUUCAGCGAGGAGAAUAUCGCCCAGAAAUAUCAGUACGCUUAA